AUGACGAGCAAAGACAGCCCGGAGGGAACCUGUGACGUCAGAGCUCUGGCCCCGCCCUCACGUCACGCGGCCCUCCAACGCUCCGUCGGGAAGCCUUUAGCUGCCAUGUCCCUCUCUCCCGCCAUGUUGCCCUGCAAGAAGAGGAAAACCAUCCGGAUGGAUCCCUUUUCCGAAGCCGAGCCUGUUCCAACCGAGGCGUCUCCUUCAGAUUGCUCCCUUUUGCCAAAGCCAGAGGCCGAACAGGAAGACGGAGAAGUUCCUCCUACUAUGAAAUCCCUGGAGGGCGCGCAGAGUGUCGAUUCGCUCCAAGAAGUAAAGGCGGAAACUGACGAGACGGCCCUUUUCAUUUCAGUGGAUGAACGAGAAGGAGGGAAAAAAACCAGGCGGAAGGGAGUUAAAAGGAAAUGGGAAGGGAAGUUCGCCGAGGAAGAUGAAGGAGGAGGAGGAGGAGGAAGAACUUUAGCUUGUGACCUCAAACUGGACGACACCCUGGACCGGACGCUGGAAGACGGGGCGAAGCAGCACAAUUUGACAGCCGUCAACGUGCGAAACAUCCUUCACGAGGUCAUCACCAACGAGCACGUGGUGGCCAUGAUGAAAGCAGCCAUCAGCGAAACGGAAGACGCCCCUGUCUUCGAGCCCAAAAUGACACGGUCCAAGCUGAAAGAAGUGGUAGAGAAAGGGGUGGUGAUUCCAACCUGGAAUAUUUCUCCCAUCAAGAAAGCCAACGAAGUCAAGGACGCCCGCUUUGUGCUUCUCCAGGCCGAGAAGGGCUGCCCCCCUCCCGUCCAGCGACACGUCAGUGCCAAAGUCACGCCCAUGGGCCCGCCCCCGCCCCCCAAGCCGAAGCAAAACAAGGACAGCGUGUUCAUGGAGAGGCUGCAUGCCGUUGACGAGGAACUGGCCUCCAGCCCCGUCUGCAUGGAUUCCUACCAGCCUUUGGAAGACAGCUUAAUUGCCUUCCGCACGCGCUCCAAGCGGCCGCUGAAGGACGUGCCUCUCGGUCAGUUGGAGGCCGAGCUUCGCGCUCCGGACAUCACGCCGGACAUGUACGACCCCAACACAGCAGACGACGAGGAGUGGAAGAGGUGGCUGGGCGGCUUGAUGAACGCCGACGUGGAAAACGAAGAUGAAGCCGAUGAUGACGAUGAUGACCCCGAAUACAAUUUCUUGGAAGAUCUGGACGAACCGGACACGGAAGACUUCAGGAAUGACCGUGCCGUCAGGAUCACAAAAAAAGAAGUCAACGAGCUGAUGGAGGAACUGUUUGAAACGUUUCAGGAUGAAAUCGGCUUCCCCAACAUAGAGGACGACGGACAGGAGGACGAAGAUGGCGCCGCUGAGGCCCGGCCCAAUUUUAAUACCCCCCAGGUGCUCAGGUUCGAGGAGCCCCUGGCCAACUUGCUGAACGAGCAGCACCGGACGGUGAAGGAACAGCUGGAGCAGCUGCGGGUGAAGAAGUCCACCGUCAAGCUGCCCCAGGAGAUGGAGCGGUCCAAGCUGCGGAGCGAGAAGGCGGCCCAGAGCCUGGCGCUGGACCCCGGGCAGAGGAAGAGGCUGCAGCAGCAGAUGCAACAGCACGUCCAGCUUCUGACCCAGGUUCACCUUCUCUCCAGUUGCAACCCCAGCCUGAGCUCCGAGGCCAGCACUGCCCGGCUCUUCCUGACCGAGUUGGAGAGCUUUGCCCAGAACUCCCUGCUCCUCAGUCAGCCUUCCAGCCCCGGAUUCCAGACCUCUUUCCAGCCUUUCAACUUGAAGGAAUCUCUGCAGCUGAUCAAGGACUUCCACGCUCACGUCAAGGUCGAGUGGAGCCCUCGCAAAGCCGUGAAAAAGAACAUGAACAAUUUUGCUUGCUUGCCCAAGCAAGUGGCCUGGAUCCUAGCCACCCGGAGAGUUUUCCUGUACCCAGAACUGCUGCCCACCUGCUCCUUCAAGGCCAAAACACCCCGGGAUAAGAUUGUGUUCACCAAAGGGGAAGAUAACUUGUUAGCGCUGGGCUUGAAGCACUUUGAAGGCACCGACUUCCCCAAACCCCUCAUCAGUAAGUACCUCCUUACCACCAAGACGGCCCACCAGCUGACGGGACGGAUCAAGAACCGUAACAUGAACCGCGUCCCCGACAACAUCAUCCGAUACUACAGAACUACGAAGCAGCUUCCGGUUUUGUCCCGGCUUUGCGGGGAAGUUCAACCUGGAGAUUGGAAACCGCCCGCAGAACAGGAAGAGCAUCGCUUGCCGUUCUGGUUAAAGGCCAGCCUGCCCUCCAUCCAAGAGGCCACAGAGCAGCAGCGUGCUAGAGAGGCCUCCCGGGGCCCCGACGCGGAUCCCAAGGCAGGAAGCGACACGGCCGGUCCCGCCAACCUUGAAUGCGCUCUGCGCAUGCCGGAGGGCAUCCAGCUUAUCCUGAGGCCCCUGAGCAGCCGCUUCUGCCACCGGAUCUGGCGAUGGCAGCGGCCAGCCGGUGCCAAACCCUUCCUGGUCCAGCCGAGCCUUUGUUUGCCUCCGGCCGGGGCGAACAGCUUCCUCAAGCAGCCCCCGCCCGCAGCAGCCCCCGGCAAAUUAGUGGCUCACGUCUCCCCUUUAUCCCAACCGGCUUCGCUCGUCCAGCCGUUGUCGGCCGUGCCCUCCGGACUGGGCAGUGGCCCCCCGUUUGAGCUGCAAGGCGUGCUCUCCGCCAAGCAGCCGUGCUUGGCCCCCGCCAUGGUCUCUUCUCUGCCCGUUGCUUUCCAGUCUAAAAUGAUCCUCCCGGCUCUGCCCGCCAGCCGGGUCCAGAAGUCUCCUCUCCCGAGGGGGUCCCAAAAGAAGAAGACCCCCUUGCUGAAAGCCGCCCCCGUGCUUCACCCGGCCCCCGUCAUCUUCACCGUCCCCGCCGGAACGGUCAAAGUGCUGGGCCUCGCCAACGGCUGUAACGUGCUGCAGCCCCUGUCGGCCGCCCCCAGGGCCGCCGUCUCUGCCCCCCAGUCCAUCCCCAUCACCACGCUGCUGGUCAACCCCAACCCCUUCUCCUGCCCACUCAGGCAGACCUUGGGGGCUUCCCGUGGCCUGCCCUUGGUGGUGGCCUCCAGUCCGGGCCCGGCCCCGUCGUCUGCCCUGGGCAAAGAUUCAGAGAUGGCCGCUCAGCCGGUUAGCCACUCGGCGUCCGGAGGGGACGCUCCAGAUCCCGUCAAGGCCAAGCUCCAAAUGGACUCGGAAGAAGGCCCAGGAGAAGCUGGUGGCCCGUGGUCCUCCGAUCACAACUCUGGGGUCCAAGCAGAACCUCCUGUCCAGGGUUACGUGGAGGUGGGGGAAGGCAGAGCUGCUGAGGGUUUAGCCCCCGCUGCCUUCUCCCCCUCGGUGGAGUUAGGAGAGCUGGUCAAGAUGGACGGGGAAGGCUCGCAGGAGACCCCUCCUUCAGAAGCAGCCUCCGUUCCUCCGGCUUCGGAAGGCUCCCCCGUGAAAGAGGGGUUGGUUUUGGACCUUGGGCAGGGCCUGGAGGUCGAACCGGCCCCGGGGAGCCAACCCAGGAACCAACAUGGCGGUGAGGAGGAGGAGGAAGAAGAGGAGACCGCCAACUCAACAGGCCUACAAGCAGCGUCUUCAGCAGAAGAAGGGAGUCACGCUUCCUCCGCAAACCUCAGCAGCUCCGUGGCGGCUGCGUCGGACCCCAGCAACUCCGUGGGAAAGGGGGAGGAAGUGGCCGGAGAGGGGGACCGCCCUGAAGGGACGCCGUCAGCCGGCCAGGAAGGAGGAGGCGAGAAAGACGGGCUGGAAGAAGAAGAAGAGGAGGAUUUUGAUGACUACAUCCCAGAUGAGGAAGACGAAAUGUCUUCAGCUUCGGAGGAAUCGGUGCUGUCGGUGCCAGAGCUUCAGGAGACCAUGGAAAAACUGACGUGGCUGGCCUCCGAGAGGCGGCUGAGCCAAGAAGGGGACUCGGAGGAGGAAAACUCGCAGGAAGAGAACUCGGAGCCGGAGGAGGAAGAGGAGGAGGAGGAAGAAGGUGAAGGAGAACCUGUGGAGAACCGGCAGAAGGAGGAUGAAAUGGCCGACGAGGCCGUGGGUCCGGGAGACGGGCCGGCCUCCUCUCUCGCUUCAACCUGCACCGUGCCGACGGUGGAGGCCAGUAGCAUCCCUCCAGGAGAGAACCCCAAAACCACCACCAAGAGCCGAGGCUCCCACCGAGCCCGGGCCAAGCGGGGCCGGGCCCGUACCAGCAAAGACGCCUCCAAGCUGCUGCUCCUGUACGAUAACAACAUCCUGGAGAGAGACCCACUGCGCGAACAGAAGGACUUUGCUUUCGCCCAGGCUUACCUGAACAGGGUUCGCGAAGCCCUGCGCCUCGUUCCGGGAAAAUACGAAGAAUUCCUCCGCAACAUUUAUGAAUUUGAGAACAACCUGCAGAAGCAGACGGCCGUCGACCUCUACGCCCGGCUGCAAAUCCUCCUUCAGGAUUGGCCUCAACUGUUGACUGACUUUGCGGCCUUCCUGUUGCCCGAGCAAGCCCUGGAGUGCGGGCUGUUUGAGGAACAGCAGGCCUUCGAGAAGAGCCGGACAUUCCUUCGGCGGUUGGAGAUCUGUUUUGCUGAGAACCCGUCCCACCACCAGAAGAUCAUCAAGGUGUUGCAGAACUGCGCGGAGUGUGUCCCCCAAGAGAUCGUGGAACUGAAGAACCAGAUGUGGCAGCUGCUGAAAGGACAUGAUCACCUGCAGGACGAGUUCUCCGUCUUCUUCGAUCACCUGCGCCCCUCGGCCAGCCGCCUGGGGGAUUUUGAAGAAAUCAAUUGGACGGAGGAGAAAGAAUACGAGUUUGAUGGGUUUGAAGAAGUCUCGCUGCCAGACAUGGAGGAAGAGGAGGAGCCCCCCAAAGUCCACGCCGCCUCGAAGAACAAGAGACGGAAGGAGCUGGGGAGUCAGAAUGCCGAGAAGGAGGCCGAGUGGCUGGAUGGGCACAAGGACUGGUGUGGCUCCUGCCACGAGGGCAGCGGGGACCCCCGGCUGAAGCGGAGCAAGCGGCGGAGUUGUGCCCACUGCUGCAGCAAGGUCAGGAGGGGGCCGGGGUGGGAGACCCCAAAGGCCCCAGAAGCAAAGAGCCGGCUGAAGAACCAGAUGUGGCAGCUGCUGAAAGGACAUGAUCACCUGCAGGACGAGUUCUCCGUCUUCUUCGAUCACCUGCGCCCCUCGGCCAGCCGCCUGGGGGAUUUUGAAGAAAUCAAUUGGACGGAGGAGAAAGAAUACGAGUUUGAUGGGUUUGAAGAAGUCUCGCUGCCAGACAUGGAGGAAGAGGAGGAGCCCCCCAAAGUCCACGCCGCCUCGAAGAACAAGAGACGGAAGGAGCUGGGGAGCCAGAAUGCCGAGAAGGAGGCCGAGUGGCUGGACGGGCACAAGGACUGGUGUGGCUCCUGCCACGAGGGCAGUGGGGACCCCCGGCUGAAGCGGAGCAAGCGGCGGAGUUGCGCCCACUGCUGCAGCAAGGUGGGAGACCCCAAAGGCCCCAGAAGCAAAGAGCCGGGUGAGUUGGCCGAGGGCCGUGGGCAGCGGGAGCCCAGCCCUCGGCCGGAAGGGAAGGAGCCCCCCGAGGGCAGCGCGGAGAGGAGGGACGAUGGGGAAGCCGUCCCCGGCAGGAUCAGAGCCGCCAGCCGGAAGGGCGAGUCGGCCGGAGGAGGUGCUCGUCCGGACGGGAAGCCCCUUUCGUCCAGAGAUGCCCCCCCGGAGGGCCUUCUCCCAUCGGCUGGCAAAGCCCCGGAGUCCUCUCCUCCCCCUGCCCCUCCCUGCCCUCCAAACGUGGGCGAGCCCGCCAGGAUUUCUCCCGUGGCUGCGCCGCUGCCUCCGAGGGGGGCCAGCCCCCCCAAACCCCACCGUCUGAAAAGCAGCCCUGGCCCCACGGAGGGCAAAAGAGAGGUGGGACUCGGCCCCAGGAGCGGGGAGCCACCUGCAGCCCCCAAGCCAGAGCGUUCGGAGACCGGAAGCCCUUCCAAAGCAGCCAGGCCAGAUCCUGGUUCUGCUCCCUCCCUCCUUCCUCCUUCUCGGUUGGAUCUCACAGAGCCGGGCGGCCAGCCCCCCUCGGUGACCCCAAAGCCCAAAGCAAGGGAGAUGCCGCCCGUGGCCUCGGAAGACCUCGCCCCGAAGGCUUUGGGGGCGAGCGAGGGCCUGCAGGCUCCACCGCAGAUCCCCGCAGCUGCCAGCCUGCAGGCCGCGAACCCAACCGGAAAAGCAUCCGAGGGAGGGGAUGUCCAUUCGCACAAGGAAGAGGGGUUGACCCCGGUCGCGGUCGGUGGCCCGGUGGCAGGGGAAGACCCUCAGCAGAGGACCAUCGAGGCCACCGUGUGUGCCAAGAACAUCAAGGUCAGCUCGACGGGGGAAAAGGUGGUCUUGUGGACCAGGGAGGCUGACCGGGUGAUCCUGACCACCUGCCAGGAGCGAGGGGCUGAUCCGAAGACUUUCAGCGCCAUCUCUGAACAGCUGGGCAACAAGACCCCAGACGAGGUGGCCCACCGUUUCCGCGAACUGAUGACCUUGUUCCACACGGCCUGCGAGGUCAGUUCGGACGACGAGGAAGACGGGAUGAGCACCAGCAACGCCGACCAACUUUCCGACAAGGAGCCCGCCCUGUCGGAGGACGACCCGGAAGAACCGGGCUUUUAAUCCGGGUCAAGCCGUCCUCUCUGGCAGAGAGGAACAUUUGUGGGGGUCUGGCCGUGCGUUUUGGCCCACCUUCGCUCCCUUUGGAGACCCCGAAGAUUUGCCGGUUUUUAAUUCCCCCCUGCGAAAGAUGGAGGGGAGGAAAAAACCAACCA